AUGAUUUCAAACGGUGCCUUCGAUGGAGAUCCAUAUGGAGUUGCACCAUUUCAACAAGGAAGAACAUUUAUGACACCACCACGUAAUCCAGCAGUUUAUUAUAAUAAUUCAAGUUAUUCUCAACCAUCAAUGAUGGCACGUGAUGCACCAAUGACUAAUAAUGUUAGUGGUCCUAAUAACAGCAAUUCUAAUGCUUAUUUAACUGAUUUACAUUCACAUUCAGCACAGAACAAAUAUUCACAUGUGAGAAUUUGA